AUGCUUUCACGGGCCGUGGGAAGUUUAAACGCGCAGUGUAAAGAUGUCGUUACAAAUACAACAAAUAUCUCUGUCAUUCAUUCUGAAGAAUGUGAAGUUGUAUGGCAUGCUAUGCUGUCUAGCUUGACGCAUGUUGUUGCUGUUGCUCCCUGUGGCCGCUGGAGGGCAGUGAACACCACGUCAGCUUCACCAGCAUCAAGGCGGACAGGCUCUGCAGACAGGAAGCUGAUUUACAAACAAGACGGCAACAUGUUUCUGGCAAAGACUUUCAUCAAAGGCAUCGUAAAUGUCGUGGGCGACAUCGACCACACGCAGUUUAUGCCUUCAGCCCCUGCUCCCCCUCGCAUACCGCUGCACCUCGCCAAGGCUCAAGAGACCGAUGAGGAGGCGCAGUUCAGGAGAGUUUUCAAACAGCUGGCUGGAGAUGACAUGGAGGUCAGCCCCACUGAGCUGAUGGACAUCCUCAACAAAAUCAUCACCAAACAUGGAAAGCUGAAGACUGACGGUUUCAGCAUCGAGUCCUGUAAGAGCAUGGUCGCUGUCAUGGACAGCGACAGCACCGGGAAACUGGGCUUCCACGAGUUCAAGCACCUCUGGACCAACAUCAAGACGUGGCAGGGCAUCUAUGUCGCCUAUGAUGAAGAUAAGUCAGGUGUGAUCGGCGCUCAAGAGCUGCCGAAAGCCUUCAAGGCUGCAGGUUUCCCUCUGAAUGAGGACCUCUUCAAGCUGAUUAUCCGUCGCUAUAGUGAUGAAAACGGCAACAUGGACUUUGACAAUUUCGUUGGCUGCCUGGUGCGACUGGACGCCAUGUGCAGAGCCUUUAAGACCCUGGAUAAGGACAACAGCGGCUCCAUCGACCUGGACAUCAAGGAGUGGCUUCAGCUGACCAUGUACUCUUGAAGCGACGCAGGGAAGCUUCUCCACAACACUUAUUCACUUUCAUCUCAUCCCUCCCUCCCUCCCAUUCCACUCGUUCCACUUGUGUGUGCUUAUGGAUGUGCAAUAGCCAUCUCGUCAUGGUAACGGGACCAAAACGCCAGCGUAGAGCUCAAGUCGGGAAGAAUCUAACUCGGACCAAAGCGGAGCGGACGCUGCCGGUGCACUGUCCUGCGGCUGCCAGGCGGCGGCGCUAUAACGUCCCCAUGUUACAGAUAUCUAUAUUUUAUAUUAAGUAAGUUAAGUUUUUAUCAGGCUGAAACUGUUGUACCAAAAUGACUCUGGAUGUUUAAGAGAAUAAAGUCACACAACGUACAUGA